CGAAGAUAAAAAGGAAAGGUCUGCUGAACGAUGAGAAUGCUGCUUGGAUUGCCACAGUUCUGGACUCUUCCGCUGCUCGUCGUCAUCUUGUCUCAAUGCUCGCUUGCACUGGUGAUCGACUAUAGUUACGUUGGAGCUCGAGGUCCAAGACACUGGGGCGAUCUCAAGAGCGACUGGAAAGAGUGUAGCGAUGGAAAGGCGCAGUCGCCGAUUGCCAUCCGAAGCAAGCACGCCGAGCUAAACUCCAGCUUGCCAGGCCUGCGAGCCCACUACCAGAGCAGCGUUUGCUCCAUCGCUUCCAGCCAGUACAUUUUCAAGGUGUUCAUUGCUGGAGCACACUGCACACUUCCACUCAACCGGGCAACAUAUACGCUCACAGAUUUCCACUUCCACAUCCCAAGCGAGCACACCGUGGAUGGAACUCGCUUCCCGCUGGAGCUUCACUUGGUUCACAAGGUAGCACCAAAUUCAUCGCAGAUCACAGUGGUGUCUAAGCUCUUCAAGCUCGGAAGGAGCGAUCCACUGCUCGAUCAAAUACUCAAGCUCAAAGGAGGAAACGCUACCAUCAACCUCUCCAACUAUAUCAAUCUUCACGGAGGUUAUUACCGAUACCUUGGAUCGCUCACAACUCCACCCUGCAGCGAAGGGAUUCUUUGGACAAUACUGAAGAAGACGGGAACAGUUUCUAGCAGCCAGAUCAAAAGGGUCAUAGCUCUCCUGCAGGGGAAAAACGCAAGGCCACUCCAGAAGAUCAACAAAAGAGCCAUUUACAAGCACUCUUCGUGAAAUAUGUCAGAAGAAUCCAAAGAAAAAAAAUGCAUUGUCCAAAGAAACUAAAUGACAAUAAGUUUUGAGUUA